CUAUAAAAUCUGAAAGAGGAUAACAAUCCUUAUUUAAAGAAAACCUUAAAGUCACUGCCCAGAAUAUAUGCCCAUUGCAUGUAUGUCAACCAUAUCAUUCUCAACCAGAAUCAAUCUCUGCAUCCUUAUGCUCUUCAUCUUCUCUUUAUCCUUCCUGCCUUCCAUAUAGAAUCCCAAACCUGUAGUAUCAAUUCUGAUAGACCAAAUCUUUUUAAUUUAAAGAAGCACUUUUCGAAUUCACCAAACAUCUCUCAUCACUGGACUUCAUCAUCAGACCACUGUACCUGGCUGGGAAUCACCUGCAGGAAUGGCGUCGUCACCAAAAUUCAGCUUGGUACCCUAAUCAUCAACGAAACAAUCCCACCCUUCAUCUGCGACCUCAAAAAUCUCACUCAUCUUGAUAUCAACAACAACAAUAUUGCUGGAUCAUUUCCUGCAUUUCUGUACAAUUGUUCCAAGCUUCAAUACUUGGACCUUUCUUUUAACAACAUCAGUGGCAUCAUCCCUGAUGAUAUUAGCCUGCUUUUUCCUCGACUCGAAGCUCUUAACCUGACUUCUAACUGGUUCGUGGGCGGCGUUCCAGCUGGAAUUGAAGGCCUAAAAGCUCUAAAAGAACUUCAGCUAGCUGACCUGUUCACAAAUGGCUCAUUCCCUUCAGAGAUUGGCAACUUGUUGAAUCUUGAAGUUCUUGUUCUUAGCCAGAAUAGUUUCUCACCGCAGGAAAUCCCACCAAGUUUUAUCCAGUUGAAGAAACUGAGACACCUCUGGAUGAAAGAGGCUGAGUUGAUUGGCAAAAUCCCGGAAAAUAUCAGCAGCAUGGAAGCACUAGAGUACCUGGAUUUAUGCAAAAAUUACUUGAGUGGAAACAUUCCAAGUGACUUGUUCCUGCUCAAGAAUUUGACCACAGUUUUCCUCUACACAAACAGAUUGUCUGGGCCUAUUCCCCGUCCAGUUAUGGCAUUCAAUUUGAAUGUAAUUGAUUUUUCUAAUAACAGCUUGACGGGGAGCAUUCCAGAAGACUUCGGAAAGCUGACAAAGUUGGAGGGUUUGAACUUGUUCAUGAAUCAAUUAUCGGGCGAAAUACCAGUAAGCAUCGGUAGAUUGCCAGCACUGUCUUCUAUUCAACUCUUCAUGAACAAUCUGUCAGGUGAACUUCCGCCAGAUUUUGGUCGAUUUUCAAAGCUUCAACGUUUUGAUGUUUCCACAAACCAACUUACAGGAUCACUACCAGAUGGUUUGUGUGAUAAUAAGGUGUUGUAUGUCAUUUGUGCUUUUAAAAACAAACUCACGGGUGAGUUACCAAAAUCACUUGAGGAUUGCAACACCUUGAGAGGGGUCAGGGUUGAGAAAAACAAUCUUUCAGGUACAUUUCCUGAUGGUCUGUGGACAGUUGGGCCUUUGACAGAGUUGCGGAUUAACAAUAACCGGUUCACUGGUCAGCUGCCACAAAAGGUAGUAUCAAAUUUAUUAUCUCAAGUUGAUUUCAGCAACAACCAAUUUUCGGGUGAAAUUCCUCCUGCAAUCUCUUCUUGGAGCAAGCUAGAGACCUUCGGGGCAAGCAAUAAUUUCUUAACAGGUAAAAUUCCUCAAGAACUCACGGCUCUUAGUUCUUUAUCAGUCCUUAUGCUUGAUGGGAAUAUGCUUUCUGGAAAUUUUCCUUCAAAUAUUACAUCUUGGAAGUCAUUGACCACAUUGAUAUGCAGUAGAAAUCAGCUUUCCGGUACAAUCCCUCCAGCACUAGGUCUUUUACCAAACCUUAACCAGCUAGACCUGUCUGAAAACCAAUUCUCGGGGGAAAUUCCACCUGAAAUAGGCCGUUUGAAGCCAUCUUCACUCAAUCUGUCCUCAAAUCAUCUCUUGGGGAAAAUCCCAGAUCAAUUUGAAGAUGCAGCUUUUCAAAAGAGCUUCUUGAAUAAUCCUGGUCUUUGUGCUACUACGCCCUCAUUAGGCCUCAGGGAUUGUGGGGCAAAAACUAAGAAAUCUAACAAGAUUUCAGCCGAAGUUACUGCCAUUCUAGCAGCAUUUUUAUUCGUAGUGGGCGGUCUACUUAUGCUGUAUAUGUUCAGAAAAUAUAAGAAAAGAAAACCAGCAUUAUCGGCUCUCGAUUGGAAGCUCACACCAUUCCACACUUUGAGCUUCGACCAAUCAAACGUUGUACCAAAUUUGAGAGAGGAAAAUGUGGUGGGGAGUGGUGGAUCAGGGAAAGUUUAUGUUGUGCAAUUGAGUAAUGGACAAAAAGUUGCUGUCAAGAGAAUUUGGAGCAAUCACAAGUUGGAUGAGAUGCUUGAGAAGGAGUUUCAAGCAGAAGUUAAAAUACUGGGAACAAUUCGUCAUUCCAACAUAGUCAAGCUCUGGUGCUGCAUUUCAUGUGAAGAAUCAAACCUUCUUGUCUAUGAAUACAUGGAAAAUCGCAGCCUCGACCUAUGGCUUCAUGCAAAGAAAAGAUCAGCUGGCAAAUUCGUGGACUGGCCUACUAGACUGAAAAUCGCGAUCGGAACUGCUCAAGGGCUGUCCUAUAUGCAUCACAAUUGCUCACCACCAAUUGUUCAUAGGGAUGUAAAAUCCAGCAAUGUUCUUCUGGAUUCAGAGUUCAAUGCCAAGAUUGCAGAUUUCGGCCUAGCCAGAAUGUUGAUGAAACGUGGAGCUCCCAACACAAUGUCCACCUUUGCUGGCACAUGUGGGUAUAUAGCUCCAGAGUAUGUAAAUACUAGAAAGGUGAAUGAGAAGAUUGAUGUGUAUAGUUUCGGCGUGAUCCUUCUAGAACUGGUGACGGGAAGAGAGCCGAACGAUGAAGAUAUGGAUUGUUGCCUAGCUGAUUGGGCCCGAUACUAUGUUGUAGAAGAAAACCCCAUUGAGGAUGCUUUGGAUGAGGAAAUAAAGGAGGCAGAGAACAUAGAAGAGAUGUGUGGAGUGUUCAAGCUUGGGAUCUUUUGUACUGGUAAAAGUCCAGCUCAAAGACCAACCAUGAGAGAAGCCUUGCGGAUCCUCCAACAUCCCAGCCCUCUAUCACCAUAUGGCAAAGAAAUAAGUGUUAGUGAGGGUGAUGUUUUACCGCUUAUUAAGUGUUCUAGUAGUGAGGGGAUAUUGGAAGAUCAUUGUUUAAAAAUAGAGGAUAGAAACUGUGAAAUUUUGGACUUUAGGCAAUAGUAGAUUGUAAAUAAGGAGUUUUUUUUUUAUAAAUAUAUAAGUGUUCUAGUAGUGAGGGGAUAUUGGAAGAUG